UUCACAGAAGAAGUGCUUUACCCUCACCCGCCCCACGCGCGGUAGUUCGUUCGACACAGUCACAGUCACAGACCAGUCGUUUCUCCCUUCUCUCCCCCCGGGCCCGGAGAGGAGAGGAUGGCCGGCCGGAGCAGCCUCUCCAUGGUCGCGUCGCACCGGCUGUUCACGCCGGUCAACCCUGUGGGCGGCGCCGACCACGGCGUGGAGCUCGACGAGGCCGACGUCAUCUGGGGCGGCGGCGGCGGAUACCCGGCGUCGUCCUCACCGUCGUCGUCGCCGUUCCUGUCCUCCGCGGUCGACCCGUACGCGCGGUCGCCGCCGGUUGCCGCGCCGUCCAAGCAGAAGCCGCGUGGCGUGGGGGCCGGCGCUCCGGGGCCGGCGUCGGUGCCCGUCAACAUCCCGGACUGGUCCAAGAUCCUGGGCGCCGAGUACGCCGGGAGCGGGUGGGCGGCGCACGACGACCGCGCGGACGACGACGCGGCGGCCUUCGGCGGCGCCGGGGGCCGGCGCUGGGUGCCGCCCCACGAGGUGCUGCAGGGGCGGGAGCGCGCGGCGGCGUCCUUCUCCGUGCGCGAGGGCGCCGGGCGCACGCUCAAGGGCCGCGACCUCCGCCGCGUCCGCAACGCCAUCUGGGAGAAGACCGGCUUCCAGGACUGACCGACCGCUACUGUCAGCGCCAGCCUUGCGCGGCCGGCAAUGCCCGCCUACCGUGGCCUGGCCUCGUUUGAUGAUCCCG